GAGUGUGUGUGUGUGUGUAUGUGUGUGUGAAAUCUACGUACAUUUCAUCGAGUUUAAUCUGCGUCGCGCCAAGGACAGAGUGCGAUGUUAAGUUAUCGUGUUGAGUUCUCACACACACACAGUUGUUGGAACUUGAUUAAAUUAAAACCAAGACCGAAUCUACAUUGGAGAGAAGCACCAGUUAAAUUGAUCUCAUUUAACGCGCAAGCAAGUUAAUUGAACUAUUUCGUCAAGAUUGAAUUUGACGGCUCUUCAAAUAAAGCUAUGACAGGAUUGUAAUUACGACAAGAAAAGUUUCCGAUUGAAACUUCCGCAUGAUGCACGAUCGACAUCCUAGAAGUUGCAGCACUUCGAGCCGAUCUCAAUCGCACGGCGAGUACCAUGUACGACAAAAAACGUGAAACAACGUUUACGACAUAACGAAUUGGAAAAGAUUUUUUCGCGGAAAAUGCGUUGGAUUUUGUUGCCGUUGUUGACGUUGAUACGUGCAAUAUGGUGCGCGCACGGCGCCUGCGAGCCGAUCAGAAUCGAGAUGUGUCGUGGCCUUGGCUACAAUGUCACUGUCAUGCCGAAUCUAGUUGGUCACGAGAUUCAAGGCGAUGCCGAUUUUACCUUACAAACGUUCAGCCCGCUCAUUCAAUACGGAUGCAGCGCGCAAUUGCAUCUGUUCUUGUGUUCGGUGUAUGCUCCGAUGUGUACCGAGAAGGUCUCCGCACCUAUAGGUCCCUGUCGAGGUCUGUGCGAACAAGUGCGGGCACGCUGUUACCCGGUUCUUCAGGGAUUCGGUUUUCCCUGGCCCGCCGCAUUGAACUGUUCCAAGUUUCCACCGGAAAACAAUCACCAGCACAUGUGCAUGGAAGGACCGGGCGAGCCAGGGCCAGCUAAUCCUAUUCAGGCGGUAAGCACUAGCAACGGACCUUGGGGCUGUUCCUGGUACGCCAAGUCUGGAUUAUACAUCUUCCUGAAUCGCUCUGGAAAAUGCGCCGCCGCUUGUGAUGCCGAUAUCCUUUGGUCCCAGAAGGACAAGAGACUCGCGGAGGCCUGGAUGGCCGUAUUCGUAACGGUAUGCCUAGUCUCCGUCGCGAUCGCUAUCCUGACGUUAUUGAAGCCACGCAAACGACCUAUACUGACCAGCCCCGCAGAGCGUGCGAUAGUCUUUCUGACGAUUUGUCAUGCGGCAGUCGCAAUUGGCUACGUGAUUCGAUUGGCUGCCGGCCGGCUAAACGUCGCCUGCACUCCUGCGAUUCAGUUACAUUCGCAGGAUCAAGCCGUCUUGGCCCAGCAACAACAGCAGCAACAGCAGCAACAGUACCUAACGCAAGACGGCCUAGCUAAUCCGUAUUGCGCCGUUGUUUUUCUGCUACUUUAUUAUUUUGAGAACGCAGCGAUCGUUUGGUGGGUCGUGAUAUGCGCGUGGUGGUGCAUAAUGGCCAGAAAAUGGACGAGAACGGCUGGCAACUACAAGGAGGAUAGUUUCGGACUGCAGCAGGGAUUCUCAACCGUCGCCACCGUCGCGGCCUGGAGCCUCCCCGCUGCUCAAACUAUCGCCGUGCUGGUCACGAGGGAUGUUGACGCCGACGAGUUGACUGCGAGUUGUUUCGUCGGCCAGCAGAACGCGCAUUCCCUUCUGGUAUUAGUGCUGGCGCCGCAAUUCGUCUAUCUGUCGUUCGGCGCAACAUUCCUUUUAAUUGGCCUGGCAACAUUGGCGUUACCGCGACGCCCGGCGGUGACACCGACGUCGACGUCGAUGUCAACGUCGUCGUCUUCGUCGACGGCGGCGGCGGCAGCGGCAGCGGCAGUUUUAACGGCGCUAACGGCGUCCCAUGCGAAUCCAUUGCGUUCGCAGCGUGAAAUCUCCGGUAAAUCGUCCCCAGCGGAAAUUCACCGGCGACAAAAGCAGCUAUUGACUCGCGUCGGCAUAUUCGGUUGCCUCUACGCCAUCCUCAUUAUUUGCCUCGCCAGCACGACAUUCUAUGAAUGGUGGGGAAGAGAAACGUGGCUUCGAGCACCGGAACCGUCAACGGCACCUCGCGUACCUGUUCGUCCUCUGUUGCAAGUUUUCAUCCUAAGAUUAGUAGUGACCCUCGGUGCCGGUGUGAUGGCCGCCGCGUGGAUUUGGUGGCCGGAAGUAACGGACGCUUGCCGUAAACUGCCGCACUGCAAACAACCUCCACAUAAAUGCCAUCCCGUGCCCGUUGUACACAGUUGUUACAACGCUGCAAAUCCUAUACCUCAUCAGAUUCACCAUCUCACUCAUCUCACGCCACCGCAGCAUCCUCUAUUGCAUCAGCAUGCAACGUUAACGAAUUCGCAAAUGCCACAUAGGAACCAUAAGAAGCAUCGGAAACACCGGAAACAUUAUCAUUCUGGUAGCGAAACGCAAGUUUGAACUUUGAGCGAACGUUAACGCCGCGUACGUUGCAUGUACCGUGCUACGGCGGUAUAGUUCAGUAUAGUUUAGUAUACUAGUAUAGUUUUUGCUGUUUGUGCCUUAGGCCCAGUUCCAUAACUCACGGUUAACUCUUAACCGAGGUUCAACUUGUUUCUUAUCUUUUUCCAAUUCUAAAAUUGGAAAGAGACAAUGAAUAACCCAGAUAGCCAAGCGUGAUGUAGCGUAUUGUGCAAACUAAUGCAUUGCAUAUGUUGUUAUAUAUUUUCUGUACAUUUGCUGACAUCAAAAUAGGACACAUUAUAAAUACAACAUGACUGCUUAUAUAUGUAAUCAGUUGUCGAAAUUUCUAGAGCAAACUGUGAGCAAUGGUGUGCACAUUAUGAUGUCGGCAACAUGUUAGCAACGAAUAAUUAAUCGUUUCGUCUCAAGCUCAUUGCUAACAAAAUGCUGACAAUGACAACACUAGUUGUUGUCGAGGAUAUUCAUGCUGACAUAUUGCCAUCAAUUUGUCAUCGCAAGAAUUUGAAUUCCAUUGAGUUCAACGCAACAGACAUAAUGCUGUCUCACCUUGUCCUGAGUUUGUCGAAAUUGGUUGCUGCAACAUGCAAAUACACUGCGUUUGGCUAUCUGGGAAGUUGAAUCUCGGUUAAGAAUUAACUGUGAGUUGUGGAACUGGGCCUUAGUCGCGUCGCGUCAUAUCUAAGUAAUUGGAUAUGACACGCAUUAAACGAUAUUUCUAAGCUGAUCUCUUACUUGAGAUCAGUUUAAGUCUCGCCUUAUGGCCCGUCUACAAUACAC